AUGGCAAGUAGAUUCUGGGCAGGUAGUUCAUCUUCUGAGGAAGAAAGUGAUGUAUCCGAUGUUUCGGAUGUCGAAACAUCCCAGCAGCAACAGGCACGUGCAGCGUCACGUUGGGCCGUGCAAUCCGAUUCAGAUUCAGAUGAAGAAGUGCGUGUGGUCAAGAGUGCAAAAGAUAAAGCAUUGGAACAAAUGGAACGUAAUUGUAAUGGUAUUAAGAACCAUAUGAAGAUUAAUGAUUGGACACAGAUUCAGACGGAAUUUGAUGAGCUCACGAAACAGCUCGAACGUGCAAAAAAGACGAUUGUCACGUUACCGAUAUUUUACAUGCGUACAAUGAUACUGCUUGAGGAUUUCUUGAGUGAAAAGGUGAAGAAUAAAGCAGAGCAAAAGAAAAUGAGCAAAGAGAAUAGCAAAGCACUUAUUCGGAUGAAAGGGAAGCUGAAGAAACAAUUAGAGCCCAUGCGAAAAGAGAUUGACGAUUUUCGUGCACAUCCUGUUGAUUCUAGUGAAGAAGAAUCCGAAAGCUCAUCCAGUGAAGAAUCGUCGUCGAGUGAGGAAGUAUCGUCCAACUCGUCGUCUGCUUCGUUGGAGGACAGCAAUGAUGAAUCCGAGUCGGAGGAUGAGAGUAGUAGUGAUGAUGACAAAUCUGGAUCCGAUGAAGAUUCCGAUGACUCGGACGGAUCGUGGCCGAGCAAAUCGUCCUCGUCUUUGUCGUCUUCAGAGGAUGACGACAAUAUGCCCAAGGGCCGUGCUCGCUGGCUGAAGCAGACACCUGUCGUGACCAAAGCCAAGAAGGUCAAGGGUCCCAAGGUUGUCAAACAGCGUGAGAAUCGUCGUGCAUUGGAGGAUGAUGUCAAGAAUACGGUAGUAGAGGAGGAACUCAAGCUCACCCCUAGCCAGUUUGAUCGUCGUGUGAAGGAGGCGAUUGCCAUGCGUGGCAAGAAGGGCGUAGAUCUUUCAGAGCAGCUAAAUUUGAUGCGCAAACUUGCCAAUUACGCUCGCCGUCUUGGCCCUGCCCGCCAGAUUGUAGCUACCAUGUACUUGGUGGGUACGUCCGUUUUCGACACCUCGUCCAAGAUUGACCGCGUCAUGUCGGCGCGUCAUUGGAAACAGGUGCAGACCAACAUCUGCACGAUUCUUAGUCUUUUGGAGAAGAAUCCUGACUUUUCGCUGGCUCCACUGACGUCAGAGGACCAAGCUGAUAUUGUGCGUGCUGGCCGCGAGAAGGUGACUGCUGCUCAAAUCGCCGCAGCUGCCGCUGAGGACGCUGAGGAGGACAUGAAUUUUGUAGACACGAUGCCCCAGGCCGGCAAAAAGGGCACAAUCCAGGUGUCUGGUGACCUUGCUGCUUUUGUGGAUCGACUUGCUGAGGAGUACACAAAGAGCCUGCAACAGACAGACCCGCACACGAGCGAGUACGUCGCUCGUUUGUACGACGAGAACUUGUUGAUUGAGGUUGCCGAACGCGUCCAGGAGUUUUAUGCUCGUAAGAAGGAUUUCGAGCGUGCUGCCACCAUGGCGCUUGUGCGUGCCGAGCUUAUAUACUACAAACACGACUCGGUCGCUGCAGCUCUGUAUGAGGCCCAGGCAAAGCGUGCUAAGUUUGGUGAUCCCGCGUUCCUUCAUCCUGCGUGCACGAGCACCAAUGCCUGCAAGACAAAGGAGUUUGAUGCAUUGAAGACACAUCCUGCUUCGACUAUGGGCCAGCCUACUGUUGAGGCAGCCCCUGUAGACGCCGAGAAGCUGCUGCGCGAGGUGUGUCGCUUUGUGUUCCAGCACGGUGAUAUUCGUGCAAAGACACGUGCUAUGCUAUGCCGCAUCUAUCACCACGCUCUGCACGACCGUUUCCACGAAGCGCGCGAUCUGCUGUUGAUGUCGCACAUUCAGGAUAACAUCACGGAUGCGGACAUUCCUACUCAGAUUCUGUUCAACCGCAUGAUGGCCCAGCUUGGUCUUUGCGCCUUCCGUUGCGGCCUCAUCUGGGAGGCUCACGCAUGUUUGUCUGAGAUCUGCACAGGCUCGCGCACCAAGGAGCUGCUUGCUCAAGGCCUUCAGUCGUUCCGCUUUGGUGAGCGCGACCUUGAGCAGGAGCGUCUGGAGCGUCGCCGCCAGGUGCCGUACCAUAUGCACAUCAACCUUGACUUGCUGGAGACGUGUCAUCUGGUGAGUGCGAUGCUACUGGAAGUGCCGAACAUGGUGAACUCGCGUCUACCGGAUCGCAAGCGUAUGGUAUCUAAGGCUUUCCGUAAGCUUCUUGAAUUCCACGAACGCCUUGUGUUUGAGGGUCCUCCGGAAAACCCGCGUGACCACGUGGUAGCUGCCGCCAAGCUGCUUGCACAAGGCUCGUGGCGUAAGAGCGCUGAACUCCUGGCGGGUCUGCCUGUGUGGGACUUGUUCCCGGGUGUUAACGUAAACCAGCGUGUUAAGUCUAUGAUUCAGCGCAAGAUUCAGGUCGAGUCUCUUCGAACGUACCUGUUGGCAUUCAGCGCCGAGUAUGACUCGGUGAGCCUUGCCCGGCUAAUGGCGAUGUUUGAACUGGACGAUAAGACGGUGCACAGCGUUGUAUCGAAGAUGAUGAUCAAUGAAGAGCUCCAGGGAGCAUGGGACCAGUCCUCGCAGGCCAUUGUCCUGUACAAGACGGAACGCUCGACGUUGCAGACCCUGGCGGUGCAGUACUCGGACAAGCUUUCGCAGAUAGUGGAAAACAAUGAGCGCAUGAUGGACUUGCGCUCGGGUACAGGUAAAGAGGAAUGGGGUAGUCGUCGUGGCGGUGGCGACAAUCGUCGAGGUGGUGGUGGUCGUAUUGGUUUUAGUGCUGGUGGUGGUCGUCGUGGUGAUAACCAGAGUGGACGUGGUGGUUUCCGCCCUCGUCGUGGCGGUGGCGGUGGCGGUGGUCGUGGUUCUCGGCAACAACGGCAGUAG